AUGGAGUUCCCAAAUGAAAUAUUAAAUUUAAUUGUUUCGCAAGGGCUAGACAGUUGCAGGACAACUGUGGCAUGGUCUCAGAUAUCAAAAGGUUUUAGGAAUGUUAUUACCGAGUAUUUGGGAAUCAUUGUGGUUUAUGAUGGCGAUGUAAGUCACAAUGAUCCGCAGGAUGUGUCUGAAUAUGAGGCGCUAAUGGCCGAUAGGAACACUAUUUACCUCAUUACGGAUCACGUUCAAUAUAGCGACCUUGAUCGAUUUCUAUACCGCUAUAAGAAUUUAUUGGUAGUGGUACGAUCCAACAGAAGUUACAGUGAUGUUUUAGCUAGUGUUUUCUACGCCAUUUCUCAAAAGUGCAUUGAGGGAACAAAUUUAUGCGUCGUUUAUAGGACAUCAUUGAGCUUUUUGAGUAAGCUUUAUUUUAGAGAACUUUCAUUAUAUCAGAGCAAGAUAAGGCUGUGUGAAUUGCAUGUUAUUGGUAAUAGCUUGCGAAGUGAUGAUGAAAUGUGCGAUAUUAACACUUUAUUUGAGAGGACCUAUAUUCAAAAUCUGAGAAGCUUAUAUAGUCUUGACGUACAGACGCCCACUCAAAAGUUGAUUUCGAAGGAUCUGAGAGUAAUAAAAUUACUUAAUUUCCUAGAGUUCAACAAAAAGUCCUCAGAUUUUUUUUCUGAUUGUCCAAAUUUAAAAGUCAUAGAGUCGAUGAAAUAUCCAACUGCUGUAAAUGAAAAGGAUGGAGUAUUUAGGUUACCAAAGUGCGAUUUCAUAACACUAACAAAUUAUGUUGAUGGACCUCAUUAUCCUAAGAUAGAUGGUACUCGUAUUUAUGAAACACUUACGCUCGUACCUUCGUUGAGAUCUCUGGAUAACCAGUUCAGUAACCUUUUUUUCCCGAAUCUGAAAACUUUGGCUUUGAGGUUGAAUGACAGUGGUACCCAUCAAAUAGGGUUUCACAAUAGCUUUUUCCCGAAACUCAGAAGUCUAGUUUGUGGCUCUUGUAUUGUGUCUUGGUCUGAUAUCUCAGCUGCCAAAAGCAACUUGGAAAGCAUUAAGGUGACUCUCACCUCAAUAGAGCAGCUUCGAUGGCUUCAAUCCUGUCCUCAGGAGAUAGAGCGACUAUUCAUAACAGCACCGAAGUCACAGCUUGUUCACUUCCCGUUUGCGAACAUUUUUGAAGAAAGUCAGCUGAAUUUUCAACAUGUGGAGAUCGAAAUAAAUCAUUUAUGGCAGUGCUACUUGUUGCAGAAAGUGGUUAUACCCAGCGCUACGCACAUAUCAUCACUUAAGGUUGUACUGGAUGAGUGUUCACUGAUCGAAUCGAUGCUUUCCACUGAAUUUCCUAUGUCUAGAUGGGGACUGAACUGUGACGAUGAUUUUAUUGUUUUCAAUAUCCCUUACGUGGAUCAUUUCACAUUGAUUGGUACGGAUUCAUUCAAGCAUACCGGAAGUUCGAAGAUGCUAAAAAGCGAAGAGGUUUCUGCUCCCAUAAUUUCGCCUCAUCAGGGUUCCACGAACAUGUUUUACGAUGCAGAUGUAACCAAAGAAGGCGCGUAUGCAGUCUCUCCAUCAGCCUUUAGGCGAAAUAGUCUUGCAGGUGCAGACAGCCGAACGGCUAGGAGACAAAGUGCUAUUUUAUUUUCCGGUGGUACCAGUGAAAGACCGAGAACUUCUUUCAGUAGUGUGAGUGCAUCUUCAGUUGCUUCCACAAAUUCUAAAGAAGAGCAUGCCUUUCAAGGCGAGAAUGUAGCCUUUAUCUUCUCGGAAGGGUGUCCCGAAGUUUUAACAACUAACAUUCGAGCCUUGGAAUCUUCUCUCUUCUCAUGGAAGGAAACAAGCUCCCGAAUAAUACAUAUGUUGGAAGUCCAAGUAGAUGGAGUCUCCAUGGCUAACUACUCGGAACCUAAGGGCAUAAGUAAUUUCCUUUCAGUAUUAGUUCAGGAAAUUAUAAACAUACUGAAAUAUCCUUACGAUUUGAGGCUCCCCGAUGUAACUGUUGAAAAUCUUCGUGUACUAAUUGACUUGCAUCAGUUAAAUUUACAGCUGCCAGAGAAAGGUAGACAUACAGUGCCUCAUCAGAUACAGACACUGUUGUCCCGUAGAGGAUUUAAUUUGGAUGUGCUUACUAGCAUGGAGGAAGCCAAUUACUAUAUAUUGGUUAAGUUCUAG